CGCCUGGCGCGCAAGACAGGUUUCCCCCGGCGCCCGCCCGGGCGCGCAGCUUCGUCGGCCUCGGCGGGGCGAGAAGCCCCUUUCCGGAGGAGGAGCCCCGCCGCUCGAGUCCGCCCGGGGAGGAGGAGGAGGAGGAAGGGGCGCGGCGGCCGAGAGGGAGGCGCCGGCAGCUCGCCGGGCAGCUUCUGGGCACGGCGGGCGCCCCGAGAUGCCCUUCUCCGGGGCCGGGAUGGAGGCUCCGCCGCGCACCCCCAGCAGCUGAGCGGGCGCCGCGCAUCGCCCACCUACCUGCUGCUCCAGGUGAGCAGGCAGCGGGAGUGGGGGGGGGGCUGUCCAGAAUGCUCUCCAAGCAUGUGCAGAGUGCCGUUUGUCCUCCCGCAGUCAAGCGCAGCGCAACGCUCGGGCGCAGUCGAGGGCUCCCCCACCCACCUUUUUAAAAAGCCCCCCAGGUCCGUUUGCAUCCCGGCCCGAGGCCAAGUGAGGAGAGGGCUCCGGCGGCAGGAUCCCACCCCCGCCGCAUGAUGCCCGUCUCUCUUGCCUGGCAGCCCCUUGGCGCUCCGCCGCAGGUGCCCAGAUGCCCGGAGAAGAGCGGCUGAAGGGCGCGGAGGACUUUGCGCAGAGCCCCGCCAGGGCGCCUGGCUAGGUCUGCAACGCCGCUGCGAGGAAUCCUCAGCGAAGGGCGCUUGCUGCGUUUUCUUCGGUCCUCUCUGCGCGCGUCCGGGUUUGUCUUUGCGCACCCGCGUGUCCUGUUUGCGUUGCCUCUCUCUUUCAGCUGCGUUGCGCGGUGCCUGAAGGUGGGCUUUUGCCUCGGUUUUUCCUUAGCGGCGAAUCUGGCGCUCAUCCUCCUCCACAGUCUAGGAGGAAGGCGAGAUGGGCUGCCCUUCAUUGCUCAGAGAGUUGGUCCUUGGGGGGACGAUGCAAGCCCUUUCCUACCCAGCUGGCCCGGCCUCAUCUACCCCCUGCAAUUAAUUGCAGGAGAUCCCACUCGAGAUUACUUAAAUUGGAUCACAUUAACUUGUUGACCGGUCUGUUGGUGCUCACACGGGGAGUGGGUGGGUUAAGAGAAUAGACUCUCCAUAAUCUUUCAACACAGCCCCAUUGAAUUGUAACCUGCUCCGUUUAUUUUGAAUGCGGAAUAUUGUUGUUUCUUUAAUAAUUGCCAAGAGUGCAAUUUUGUGUGUGUGUGUGCUUUGAUGAGGGAGAUGAAGGGAGGUUCCCUUGCAGUUUUCUUCCUGGAUUAUCUAAUUGCCCAUCAAAUGCUACACACACAAGACCCAGGGAUCUUGAGGAGGCCUAGAUUCUUGCUUGUAUGCAAGAAUCAAGCACUGGUUGGAAAAGGAACAGGUCAGUUUCCCGCUUCAAAACUCCCAGCGAAAGCCUAACUUGUCUCUGGGCGCAGAUUUUCAAACCCCUGGAUGGCUUGGGCCUGUUGCCCUGUUAUUGCUUGCACAGAGGAAGUCCAGGCUCCAACCUUCAAAGGUUUAUAAUGUCAUUGGUUAGGUGUGGCAAGUCUUCAAAAGGAGCGCUUUGGAGGGAACUGGAGAAAAGGAAAGCAGUGUGGUUAUAAAAGCAUCUCAUGUGUACAAGUUGCUGAAUCAACAGUGGUAGAAUUUACACAAAAGCUCUUACGGUUUAUUAAGUUAAUUAGGAUUAGUGUGUCCCUCCUAGUAAGGGUAAAAGGAAGGAAUGUUAACUUCUUCACUUCUCCAUAAACAGUAUAAGAAGCCACAUAUUUGGCUGAAAAACUAUGCAGAGAAAUCUCCUCCUCGUGCACUUUUGUUUUUAAGUUAUUUUGGUACUUAGAUUAGUAGUUUUGUUUUUCUUGAGUCAAUUUUGCAAGUGGGUAAGGAAUGUAUUAUAAUGGAUUUUGUUGAUAGACUUUUUUUACGCUGUUACAGCCUUUCAGCAAAGAUUUCCUCUGUUUAUUUGUGGAUUUAAAGUUUUUUUCCAGCUUUUGUGUAAAUAUAAAUACACUAGAUAACUUAUCUUUUUACUGUUGUUGUUUUCUGAACGCAUAAUGCUUUUAUAUAUUCUUUGUUGUGGAUCAAUCAUCUUAUGGAGCUCCUUUUUCUUACACACUUUCCAACUCAGUCUCCUGCUAAGCCCUUACCACAAUUUCAGGCAUAGUGCAAAAAUUAGGAAUGAACUAACUAAUCAAUUAUUUCUCCAGCUACAGUCACUGACAAGUUCAUUCAGCCUCAUUUCUCCAUUAAGAUGAUUUUUUAAAUAAAAAAACUGCAUUAAAAUGUGAAUCUAAAUAUGUAUUUCUGGAAAUACCCACCACUAGAUAUAUUUUCUCUCACUAUACUAAUCUUCAAAUACAUUUUGAUAUAUAUUUUGAGCAGAGAACUGUGCCACCAUAAUUGGAGAACUGCAAGCUGCAUUCUGAUCCACACAUUAUUCCAGGAGGUUUAAGUCAGGUCAGCUAAUACUGGAAUUAAAGUCCUAUUGUAUAGGUUAUUCCCCUGAGGAACCAUGCAUCGCUCAGUUCUCCACUGGAGCUUGCAGAGGUCAUAGAAUUGAACUUAGCCUGUGCCAGCUUCUAACAGUGUUCGCUUUCUGCGUACCAUGCAACCACAGUUAUCACUGGAGUGUUUGCAGUGGAUUCUGCUACAUGCAGCUUUGCAUGAGAAUGCAUGCGUUCAAGGCCCAGGGGUCAGCAACCUUUUUCAGCCGUGGGCCGGUUCACUGUCCUUCAGACCUUGUGGGGGGCCGGACUAUCUAUAUUUCGAAAAAAAGUAUGAACGAAUUCCUGAGCCCCACAAAUAACCCAGAGACGCAUUUUAAAUAAAAGGACACAUUCUACCCAUGUAAAAACACGCUGAUUCCCGGACCAUGCGUGGGCCGGAUUGAGAUGGCGAUUGGGCCGCAUCCUGCCCCCGGGCCUUAGGUUGCCUAUCCCUGGUUCAAGCCCAUCAAACAAAUGAAUCGUGCAAAGUUGGGAGGGGUGCUGCAUUAUGAGAAACAGUUGAGGGAGUCAAGUAUGUUUAGCCUGCAGAAUAAGAGACUGAGAGGAGAUAUGAGAGCCAUCUUCAAAUAUCUCAAGGGCUGUCACAUGGAGCAAACUUGUUUUCUCCUUAUCUGAAGGUAGGACUUGAACCAGUGGCUUCAAAUUACAAGAAAAGGGAUGGACUAAGCAUUAGGAAGAACUUUAUGACAGUAAGAGCUGCUUGGCAGUGAACGGACUCCCAUGAGAGGUGGUGGACUUCCUUUCCUUGGAGGUUUAUAAACAGAGGUUGGAUGGCCACCUGUCAUGGAUGCUUUAGGUGAAAUUCCUGCAUUGCAGGGGGUUGGACUAGAUGACCCUCAAGGUCCAUUCCAACUCGACGAUUGUGAUUUUAUGUUGUGAACCACCCUGAGACCUACGGGUAUAGGGCGGUAUACAAUUUUUAAAAUAAAUGAUAAAUAAAUAAUAAUACAAUGCUGUGAUUUUGUCAUCAUAACUGCUGUAUUUUGCCCCUGCUUCUUUGCUGUGUCCUACUAGGAGUCCUUGAGGGAUGCGGGUGGCACUGUGGUCUAAACCACAGAGCCUAGCACUUGCCGGUCAGAAGGUCGGCGGUUUGAAUCCCCGCGACGGGGUGAGCUCCCAUUGCUCAGUCCCUGCUCCUGCCAACCUAGCAGUUCGAAAGCACGUCAAAGUGCAAGUAGAUAAAUAGGUACCGCUCCGGUGGGAAGGUUUCAGUGCGCUGCUCUGGUUCACCAGAAGCGGCUUAGUCAUGCUGGCCACAUGACCCGGAAGCUGUACGCCGGCUCCCUCGGCCAAUAAAGAGAGAUGAGCGCCGCAACCCCAGAGUCGUCCGCGACUGGACCUAAUGGUCAGGGGUCCCUUUACCAGGAGUCCUUAUCUGCUACUAUUUUGUGAUUUUAGGCAUCUGUACUAUUCCUAUGUUUUGUAGCAGCCAUUGCAUCACACACAAAUAAAAUCAAUCUGACCUCUAUAGAAAAGGUUUAAAAAUAAUUAAAAAUUUGGGGGAAAUAAUUUGCCAGUGUACUGCACCUAACCUUUUUCUAAACUAGAACUCCUUCAGACAUUUUGGGGGGAGUAUUACAUAGACACCCCCUCCCCCAAAUGCCAAGCACAGCAAAACAAACACACUGAUACUUCUGGAAACACGUUUAAAAGUAAAAACAGUGGACUAUUGAACCAUAGAAAUGCCGAAUUCUGUACCCCCUGGGGGCACAUGAGCAUAACUUUGCAGAUGGCAGUAUAUGAGCUCAGUAUCCUGUUUUAGUACUGCAGUCAGCCAGAUGUAAUUGAGAAUUGGUUGCCCAAUGCCAGAUGUAUUAUGCAAAAGACACCUUACAGAACGCUAGGCAGACCCAUCUGAUAGAUGCUCUCCUUUCUGUUUAAACUGACUUAACAAGUUUUAAAAGCUCUUGCAGUUGUGAAGAUGAGCUUGAAAUUGUGUGAGCAAUGCUUGGUUUCAUUUCAGAAGCUGUGUGGAAGGACUCGGGGGGGGUGAUUAGGCAAAAAAACCCCAGCAUUAUCCGGAGUAUUCUGGCUAUAGCAACACCCAUUUUACCCUCACGUUCUUUAAUACGUGCACCAGCUAGUUGUGCCUCCCCCAAUCUCUUUAAUUCGCAUCGGCUAAGUUACUCAGACAAGUUGCACACAAAUGCUGUUAUUUGGGAGUAGCCAAAAUUAUUCAGCUCUCCGAAGGAUAGAGGGUAAGCUGAGGCUGAAAUAGAUGCCCUGCGAAUUGAAUAUAGCUGUUCAGCAAACGGCUUCGCCCACGCAGAAAUGAGAGAAUAGAAGCUUUGUGGAAGUGAAACAGUGGAGGCUGCUGACCUUGGGCUUUUCAGUCUGUAAUGUUAAUUGCUUGCUGCUUCGUUCAUCACCACCACAUGACUGCUGAAAACUGGCAAGUUGUUCUUGUUUGCUAAUGUCCUGGAAUUUUCUCAAAUGAAGGAUUCAAUGAGCGCUGUUGAUUUUUUAAUAUUUUUUUAGCUUGUUUUCCAACUCUUCAGUGUUUUCUUGAUGUUCAGAUGUUUUCUGAGAAAUCUUGACUCUUAAUUUAACUCUUCUAACACCAGUGUAUUUAUCAAGACACCACAGACGCACCGUACUUGUUUUGUUAUCCAAGCAGCAUGAGAUGGUUAUCUGUGGUCAUGGGAAACUUGUAGAACAGAUUUUCUUAGUGUAAUUGCGAUAAAGAAAAUGUGUCCUUUGCAUCUGCUAAUAAUGAACUGGGGGAGUUAUGUGGUUCCUAAUAACACAUUUAGCAUCGGUUUGGACCAUAGUACUAAAUGGAAACUGUGUGGAAGAUGCUGGCAUUACAAAGUGACAAAACAAGUGGAUAGAACAAAAAACCAAUGAAAGCCCUCACAGGGUUAGCUGUCAUCAUCCAGACCUUUUGAUUUUGUGUUGGGGGGGGGUGAAGUUGAGUAUAGCUGCUCUUUCUAUUUCAGGGAAAGAUGAAACAGUGAAUUCUGAAUUAAUUUAAACUUCAAAAAUGGUUGUUUUGAAAAGCAGCUCUGGUUGAGGUGGAUGUGAAAAUUAGGCUCCCUUUCGCUGGAACUUCGUUUUCAACAGUGGAGGAGUGGGAAUUUGGUAACAUCUGUGAAGUGGGUGGAGAAAAUCAUUUGACUUUCACAGGAGGGAAGAGUUAGCAAAUUAUUACGUGGUCAGAGGGCCUUUUUCCUCUUCCCCUUUCCUCCUCCUUCUUUUAAAAAAAACAUAAUUUGCUGCUUGAAGCAGCUAGGAACUGUGACUCCUGCUACACACUUUCAAAACAGAGCAAGAAAUCACCAUGUGCAUUGUACAGAGGGGAAGUGGGAAGAUGGCUGCCUUGGCUAUUGUAAUUGUAAGCUAACUAUCCGCCCUCUUGGAAGUCCAUCUUCCUCACUGGAUUGCCCAUCUCAUUCUCCUGCUCUUCAGGAGGGUUUCUGCACAGGCAACAACCUUUGCAAUUUAGCUGGACUGAUACUUAUGACCUGGCCUUAGUAAGAUGCCAGCGUGAAGCAGCUGGAGGUGUAAUACAAAAGCAAGGAACACUAGGCUGCCAGCUUUUGUUGUUUAGUCAUGUCCAACUCUUCGUGAUCCCAUGGACCAGAGCACGCCAGGCACUCCUGUCUUCCACUGCCUCCCGCAGUUUGGUCAGACUCAUGUUUGUAGCUUCGAGACCACUGUCCAACCAUCUCGUCCUCUGUCGUCCCCUUCUCCCUGUGCCCUCCAUCUUUCCCAACAUCAGGGUCUUUUCCAGGGAGUCUUCUCUUCUCAUGAGGUGGCCAAAGUAUUGGAGCCUAAGCUUCAGGAUCUGUCCUUCCAGUGAGCACUCAGGGCUGAUUUCCUUCAGAAUGGAUAGGUUUGAUCUUCUUGCAGUCCAUGAGACUCUCAAGAGUCUCCUCCAGCACCAGAAUUCAAAAGCAUCAAUUCUUCGGCCAUCAGCCUUCUUUAUGGUCCAGCUAAGAAUGCCAAACAAUUGAAGGACCUUGCCUUCAAAACUGAGGAGCACAAUGAUCUUUAAUAGUUGCUUAUCUCCCCACUGGGGUGUUAGGGGAGGGGAGGUACCUCUGGUGGGGGACAUGGCCUGCUCCUUCUGGAGUGACUUGUCCUCCUUUGGCCCACACCCUGCGCUCAGCUCUCACCUCAGGCUCCUAGAAGCUGUCAGCAGCCACACCUCCAAAAAUGGCUUCGACUGGCCGGCUAAACCAGGUGAGAGAGCCGAUGGGUCUCAAACCCUCUGUGGGCUCCGGCUGAUUGAGUGGACAAGACCAAGAGUGGGUCCAAUGGUCAAUAAGGUGGCUUCUGCACAUUCUGUGGAGGGACAUGAGGUCAGAUGGGCCUCCUCGAUGAGCUACCUUCCCAGGUUGCUGAGCCCCAUCAGUUUCCUUUACCGCACGUGCAGAAGCCUCCUUUCUGACAGGCAUCAUGGUAAGAAUGCAUACGUUUUAAGUCCAUUGGUUCCUUAGUUUGCAAGAUCUGUGAAUGGGAGCGGGAGUCAACGAAUGCAUUCCAUCAGCGGAAGCCCUGUGGAAGUGCUUCUUCAGGAGGGCUUUCUGCCCCCCAAAUUGCCUCAGGGAAGUUGAGGGAGCUGCCAAAACUGUACAUGGAGGAUCAUUCCCUCUGAGAAGCUGAAACACUUGCCCAAAUGCAACCAUCGCCUUAGCUUAAUGUUGAAUUCCUCCUAGGAUGUGUGGUUGUUUUCUUAAAACAAGUUUAAUAGCAGCUUUGCACAGGGGAGGAAGGAGACCAUACACAGAAGACUUGAGUUCCACCCCCCUUGCUCCUGCCUUCUGUCCAUACUUCUUAGAUGUCGUGUGACACACAGUGACAUACACAGAGACUAUGAAAUAUUUGCCUCCGCUUAUUUUCAGUUUCUGCUCUUGCUAAUGGCUUCUCUUUCUCUUUUCGCUUCAGGGAUCCACAGGACCUCACCACACACUUUGGCACGAUGACAGCCAUCCUGGAACGGAUCAGCACCUUGUCCGUCAGUGGACAGCAACUCCGCCGACUCCCAAAGCUCUUAGAAGAAGGCUUCCCCAAGAUGCCUGGCACCGUCAAAGAAUCCGAUGUCCCCCAGCUCUUCCGGGAGCCGUACAUCCAAGCUGGGUAUCGCCCCACGGGGCAGCAUUGGCGCUACUACUUCUUCAGCCUCUUCCAGAAGCACAACGAAGUGGUGAACGUCUGGACCCACCUGCUGGCAGCUUUGGCUGUGCUGCUGAGGUUUAAUGUUUUUGCGGAAGCAGAGGAGUUGACUUUGGAAGUCCAGUCCCUGCCCCUCUUCCUCUUUGUCCUCUCCUCCGUCACGUAUCUCACUUGCAGCCUCUUGGCUCAUCUCUUGCAGUCCAAGUCUGAGAUGUUCCACUACACCUUCUACUUUGUGGACUACGUUGGGGUCAGCGUCUACCAGUACGGAAGUGCCCUGGCCCAUUUCUACUACAGCUCUGAUCAAGCCUGGUACGACAAGUUCUGGCUCUUCUUCCUGCCGGCGGCCGCCUUUUGUGGGUGGCUCUCCUGUGCAGGCUGCUGCUACGCCAAGUACCGCUACCGACGCCCUUACCCCGUCAUGAGGAAGGUGUGCCAGGUGAUCCCAGCAGGGCUGGCCUUCAUCUUGGACAUCAGCCCCGUGGCACACCGUGUGGUCAUGUGCCACCUUGAAGGUUGCGAGGAGACGGCUGCCUGGUACCACACCUUCCAGAUACUUUUCUUCCUCGUCAGUGCUUAUUUCUUCUCCUGCCCGGUUCCCGAGAAGUACUUCCCAGGUUCCUGCGACAUCGUUGGCCAUGCCCACCAGAUCUUCCACGCCUUCCUGGCCAUCUGCACACUCUCCCAGCAGGAAGCCAUCUUCCUGGAUUACAAGAACAGGCAAGACAUCUUCCGCAGGCGGCAUGGACCCCUCUCCGUCAUUCUGUCCUGCGGCUCCUUCUUUGGCUUAGUGGCUUGCAGCGCUGUCACCGCACACCUCCUGCAGCGCAGGAUCAGGGUGGAGCUGGCCAAAAAGGAAUCCUGAGGGAUCGCCGUGGGGACUGGGCUCAGGCCCGGCCUGCUUGAAGGAAACCAGCAAAGAUGAGACUGCGUAUAAAUACUGUAUAUAAGUAAAUUAACAAAGGGAGUUGCCUCUAUAAAUUAUAAACAAGGAAUUGCUUGCAGUCUGGAACUACCAUAAAAAAGCUGCCUUAUGUCCUAAACAUUUUAUUUUUUUUACUGCAGUGUAAUAGUUGCUGGCCAAAGAAGCUUUUUAGGCAGAUGUUUCUAAGUUGUCCUGAGUUACCUGCUGAAAUUUGUAUGUAUGUCAAAGAGAAGUGGGAACGGAUAAAUAAUAUAAAAGGGAAGUACUACGGAAAUGCUCAUUUACAAAGGCACAAUUCUAACCGAAAUACUAAAUCUGUGUCUGUCACAAUGGAUGUCAGGGUUCACGUACCUGAAAACCAAAAGUAGGAGUGUGUGUGUGUGUGUGUGUGUGUGUGUAAGGAAUCCCUGCAUAUAGCAAAGUAGCAUGUCAGGGAGAAGACCAGACCAGACCAGACCAGACUUCAUCCACCUGCCAUGCUACUGCAAGAGUUUUGUUUUUGCUUUGGGAGGCAUUUAAUAGUUUGAAUUGCUACCUGCAACUGGAGACAGCACAUCAUAAAUACAGGUUUGUGAACUCAGGAGAACUGGGUUGUAGAUCCAGGUAUAUGGUGAAGAUUGACAGGGUUCAGGGAAAUAACCCAAUUUGGUCUGUUCCAUUUUAAUUACCUGUGGCCUUGAGGCUUGAACUGCCUCCUGAGUUGUAAAUUUCAGGAAUAAAUAUUUUACAUGUCAGUAAUACAGAUAGUGCAAACAGGAGUAAUGUUUAGUCUCAGUGAUCUGUUUACCACUCUGAUUUAGGUAUUUGUGAAUUCACAGCUCUUCUGUGGGAGAGAGAGAGAGAGCCACCUUUUCUUCUAGUAAGAUGCCCUGUACUAGUAUGUCCAAAUUCCGUUUUUCUUCUGUGGGUUCCUGUUUGUUUAAUCAUAGCAAACGAUUCCCCCAUAGCAAAAGAGAAACCUUCCUCUAGGUGUGUAUCCCACCCCCUACUUCUGUCCCUCACCUCACCUCCUGAGUUGGUGAAGAGGAAGCAAGGUAAUGUAGCCAUACAUGCAAUUUUCUCUUGCUCACAUAAUCUGUUGGCUCUCACAUUUUUUCUUCCGUUGUUGAGAUGUUUCAGAUAGUGCAGCCGGCUUCCCUCUGCAACUCGCUUGAAGGAUCUUGGGAUGUGGAAAAUAGGAGGGGAGAACAGAUACGAGAGAAAGGGAGGGGUGGGAGUCCAUUUUGAUGGGGUUCAGCUGGCUGUGAAGACUGGUUUUGACAGGAGCCCUAUAACCAUAAAAUUGGCUGCUUCUCCAUCACCCUCCUGGAUCCUCUGAUUAUGCUCUGAUUGUGAAGGUCUGUAGCGUCCAUCUCUCUAGAAAAUACAAGAUCUUCUUGUAUCUCCCAAAGGCUGUUAUUUUUGUGUAGCCUAGUUCCUCCUUAGCCCAUUUCUGUGGCCUCCACUGCACACUCCUGCUCAAAUCAGCUGUCUGGGUAAUGUGGUGAGACUUUUCUUCUCCUUUCUUUACACAUAGCCAGAGAGGGACUGGAGAUGUCUUCAUCCGAUGCACGUUGCCUGUUUCGCUUGCCUGCAACCUCUCCCUACAACUCCAAAGAAGCCGUCUUUGUUUGUGCAGUGGCUGUCUCAAAUGUACACACCUCCGCUUAACCACAAAAUUAACAUGAAAUCAGAUGGAAAUUGUUUGUGGAAAACCUAAGAUAGAUAUGGAUUGUAGCUAAUGUCAUGUACAGCUUCAAGCACCAGCCAUGGGAACGAACUGGAACCAGAGUAAAUGUCAUGUGUACACAAGGCAGCCUAAGAUAGUGGAGCUUCAAACACCCCAUUCACUUUCAGCUGUUCCUGCUAUCCUUCUACUCUGCAUGGGGUGAGCUCUGGGACCUGUGUGUCUUUUGAGAAUGAGAUACAGUCGUACCUUGGAAGUCGAAUGGAAUCCGUUCUGGAAGUCCAUUCAACUUCCAAAACAUUCGAAAACCAAAGCACGGCCUCUUCGGACGUUUGGGUUCCAAAAUAAUGUUUGCAAACCGGAAAAAUCACUUCUGGGUUUGCGGCAUUCGGGAGCCAAAACGUCUGAGUACCAAGGCGUUCGGUAUCCAAGGUACCACUGUAAUGGUAUUGAAUUACUACUCCAGUCUUGCCCACCUCGAAAGGACACACAGAUUUACCCUAAUCAUUGAAGGAAGGCCAGUUAGGCUGGAUUUACAGAUGCACCAGAAUGAGGCAGUAAAGUCCUGAGAUGGUAAGAGUAGACCGUAUCACUUUAGACUGCAUUACGUGUGUGUGUGUGUGUGUGUGUGUGUGUAUAUAUAUAUAUAUAUAUAUACACGUGUGUGUGUAUAUAUAUAUACACACAUACACAUACACACACACACACACACACAUAUAUAUAUAAUUUUUAAAUGCACACACGUACUACCUGGAAUGAUGUAGCCGUCUUGCAGUGCUAGUUUAAUAUUUUGCACUGGUGUUUAUUUUUUAAAUAUAAUUCCUAUCUGCAGAGUAGUGGGUACCAUACAUUCUGCUACCUAAUUCUUCUCCAUAAGACACAUCUUGGACCAGAUUAAGAAUGCACUGGAGGUGUCAACAUCUUCUUAGAUGAAGCAAGGCUGGCGUGACUGAUGGGUUUUGGUUUCACUGAUAGUUUAGGGACCAUGGUCUUCCAUCUUCUCUGUCCUUUCCAUCCCAUAACCUCCCUCCCUGGCUCCAGCUUCACAGUGUAUUUUAGGGACAGCUCCUUUGGAAGAUGGGCUUACCCGUAAUGGCCUGGCUUCUCCUUUUGGAAAACGGCAGCUAAUUGUAUCCCAGCUUCUCUUGGACAAACAGGAACAUGCAGAAAUUCAGCACUAGUACCCUUCAUGAAAAUUUAAACAACGAUAGAGAAAGAAACACUCAGGGAUUGGUAAUGAGAUAUGAAGCCAUUCUUUCGUUAGAGCAAUUUGAACGCAUGCUGAGCUUGACUGUGAACAAAUAUAACGGGAACCCAGCGAGUCUUGGGCCUAGGCAGGAUGAGGCUGUGUUCAAAGCUCGGUUUCCAUGGGACCUGGUUUCUUUGUUGGUAGGGAAUCAGCAUGAAAUAUUAAUUUCUCCUUUGGCUUGAAGGGUAGAUUUUUGCAUAAAAUUGACUCUUGUACUGCUUGCUCUGCAGCAGUCAAUGAGGCAUAUCAUUCAAACUCGAGUCACUGAGUGUAGGCGCACUUUCUACCUUUGAAGCUGACAUUCUUGCUUUGUGUGCGACUCGGAAUCACACGUGUAAAGUCAGACCCCCAGUUUCCAGCAAAAUGUAAUUUUCAACUGAGACAACUGAUAGGCUCCGCUGAUAGGCAUCAUGUUAUCUUCUAGCAUGUUGCUGUACUUAAACGGUGUUAAACAGAACAUGUGUAUGUUCUGUAUGUAAUGUAAUGUAAAACUCGGUAAUAACAGUAAAAACUCAGUCAUAACAGAAAAUAACUUUCCCAAGCUACUUUUGAGCCUGAACAGUGCAUAUCUGAAAGCCAUUCUGUUGUGCCAGAAUAUGGCAGAACUGGGAUAGAUUCUGGACAGUAAGAAUUCAGAUUGCACCAGGGCCCAUAGGUGUGUCGUUUUCAAAUGGUUCCCCUUUGUAAAAUCUAAACAUCUCCCUUUGUGCCGCAAACUAAUACAGAAUAAAUCUCUGAUGUGAUGGUUUACUACAUGUGAUCUUUUUACACCAUUGAGCAUUCAAAAGGACGACUCAGCCCACUUUUGCAGGCCGAAGUAGUACAGUAGCACAAAGAGAAUACUCUCUGUAGAUCACCUUCAUGAAUUUGGUGAAAGUGAGUUUGGCUUAUGUAGUUUUUAAAAACAAGGCAUUUAGUCUUAAUGUUUCUGAUUUAAGUGCACCUCUUGCUUUUUGUCACCAAAAGUUGUUAAUACAGUAUAAGAUAUUCAGAUAUGUGCUAAAAUUAUUUGAAGAACCCUUAUCAGCUUGAAGUUUAAUGCAGCCGAUUUCACUUUUAAAUUACCACAAAUUGAAAACUAACCAGCCAGAAAAAGGAACGCAUGAAAUGUCAUGUUGGAUAUCUUUAAAAUAUAAGAAGGGAAUUGAUAUGUUCAUCGUUCUGAACUGGUGGACUGUAUGAAAAUUCUCAGUGAUUUUAGACCACCACCUAGUGGUAUAAUAAACCAAGAUUUUCUUAUGGCUUUAAAACUUUGGACUUGAGAUGUGUUUAACUUACACUUGAGGCUUGUCCCCACUUUUGCUUGUUCCAUGCCUGGAUAGCAUCGGUCUGAGCAGUUUCCCUUCUGGCCCACUCCAUUCUUUAGCUCUAAAUCAGAACCAGUGACCAUCUGCAAAAAACCCAGUUGCUGUUUGCUCCAAUUGAGUGCUAAAGAGCAGUUUUCCUCAGAGGCAAGCAGCAGGACAAAAGGAACUCUGAGCUCUAAGCCCUUGCAGAGCUACUUUAUUUUAAUUCAGUAGGAGGUUCCUUUAUAAAUAAUAAUUUGACCCAAGUUACUUUUCUAUUAUUAUAAUUACUGUAUGAGAUACACUAGUUCUGUCCAUGCCCCCCUCUCUGGGACUUCACAAGUCACGUUCAUAGCUCCUCAAGUAGUCAGUGGUUGAAUGUAUACUUCAUACUUGGUUGGCCUAAAACCUGGUAUUAAAAGUGAUGACCGAGUCCCAUUUAAUGUAUUGAAAGGUUUGUGACUGGCAUCAGUGGGCCUAGAGAUAAGCAUGUACGAAGACUUCUGAAUUACAUUUAGUUUGAAAGAGCACUUUGAGGACCAAUCAGGUGAUUCCGAAAAGAACUUCGGUGCAAUCGGUUAUUCUCCAGAUCCACUUUAGCAGCAAUACCUUCCUCAGAUACUUUCCAUAAUCAGUUGCUGCCACUCCUUCUCUACAUUUCCAAGGAGACUUAGCCAGGACAGAUGUGUUAAUUCAAAGGUUUGUUGUCAGGUAAAGUAAAACUGAUGAUCUUCUAUAGAACAAUCAGACAGAAACCUGCAACUUUUACUUUGCAGACGCCAUUACGUCUAGAUGAUCAACAGCAAUUGAAAAUGUAAGCCUAUUUACAAUAAUACAUUCUCACCAAGAAUUGGGGGGUGAGAAUGUCAUCUGCAGCCUCACACAUUGUUGUUCGUGGGCUUGGGCAGGAUAUGAAUUUAAUAAAUAAAUAAAUUUCAACUGUUCAGGUGUGGUGUUUAGGCAGAACAAGGGCUGAGUUAUGUGAACUUAUUGUUUCCAGUACAUAAUUAGAGGAGCACAUGCUAGGUCCUUCUGGUGUGUUUUGUGUACUUAUGCCUUUCAAGGGAUGGUUUUUAAUGAUAAUUUUAAAAAAUACAUUAAAACUAAGAGGGAGGGGGUUAUAUUUUCUUUUUUCAACCGGGGGUGUUAGUUUUGAUACUGCACAAAUGACUUCUCCUUGUUUAUCUCCUGAAGUCUGUAUUGUCCGGAACAUUUGCACAUUUAUACUGUAUUAACAAAUGUUGAAGGGAAUCAAGAAUAAAAGUUGAGAAAUUUAAAAUAAA